AUGAAGAUGAAUGCAACAAGUUUAUAUGUUUCAACUUGUCGUCUAAUAAUUUUAGCCGACGCAGCGGAUAAAAGUUCGUGGACUGAUUUGUUUCGUUUGGUUCCUUAUUUAAGACAAUCGCUAUCUUGCACUGUUUGUGGGAACUUAUUAAAAGAACCUUAUACUCCGACGAGUUCUGGGUGCCAACACCAUGUUUGUAAAAGUUGUAAAGGUGGUAGAAAAAAGUUAAAACCUUCAUGCAAUUGGUGUAAAGAUUACGAAAACUAUACAGAAAAUUUACAGCUUCGUAUUCUUCUUCAGUGUUAUAAGAAAUUAUGUGAAUAUUUUAUGGGCACAGAUACGUAUAAAACUUUACUAGAACAAGACGAAAUAGCUGCUGGAGUGAACGGCGGCACUGUAGCUAGUUCCGGUUUAAUAGAUUUGAUACAAGAAGGUGCUGGGUUUAACGAUGAUUACAAAAGCACGGCGGGUUUAUCGAAAUCGGCAUAUAGUAUAUUACCUUGUGUGUAUACAAAUUCAGCAUCAACACAAACCCAAGCCGCCUCAACCUCAAGUAGUUCUGACAGCAGAUCAACAAGUAAAGAUUCUCCAAAUUCCAGGAGUAUGUCAAAUGGGUCCCCACUUUACUCUGUCAUGUACGCAGGUUCAGGUAACAAAAUCACAAUCAAAAGGAAAGCUGUUGAUGAAACAGAUUCCUCACAAGCAGAAAGCAGUCCAAGAGAAAGCAAAUCAAAUCAACUAGGUUUUAAGAAACCGUCAAAUCGUUCUCGAACCUCCACAAGCAGUAAAAGAAAAGGAUGUAGGUGUGGUAAUGCAACUGCUACUCCGUGCAAAUGUAAAGGUUGUAGGAAUCCACAUAGACCUGAUGGAAUGAAGGUGCGGCCACACAUACCUCAACUGGAAACAGUGCAGUUGACGAUCAAUUCAAAUCCGGACACAUCUCCCUCCUGUUCAGGGUCAAUGGAUAGUUUAGAUCCUGACACAUUGACCAUGGAUUCUAUGGACGACUCCCUUACAUACACAACAGAACUGAAAACCUCUAAUAUUAAGGUGUACACAAGUCAAUUACAAGAAGUAUCACCUUCUUUGCCGGCUUCUAUAAUGAUGGACGAAGAAAUGAUGGGGUCUCCAGAAGACGAUUUGAGUUCUCCUCACGAUUACACACAGUGUUCCCCACAAGAAUGCUCACCGUCGCCCGGCCAAGACAGUGAUAUUGAAGUGGAUGUAUGA